AUGACCUAUUAAUUGAUUUCAUCUGUCAUUUGAGGGUACAUUAGACUCAAAACUGAUAUACUAUUUAUGUGAUUACUAAAUGAGAUGGCAGUUAGUAUGAAUCAGCUGUUAAGUGACGCCAAGAAAUUGGUGACAAAACUUAAAGAAUAUGAUCACAAAACCGAUCAUUUGAUGUCCAAAAGUCAAACACUUAAUAAUGCCGUCGAAAACAUGAAACAAUAUCACGAAGAAGUACUACAAAUGAGUUCCCAAUCGACGUCCAGCCAAAGGAACUCCAUUAUAGUAACCAUUCAGAGAGAGAGCAAACAGUUACGUAAAUUAGAGACCGAGAACCGGGAGCUCAAGCUUGCUCUCGAAGAUUACCAAUGGGUUCUGGAGCUCAUUAUGAGUAAAUACAGACAACACACCAAUCAAUUGAUUAAAUUGGAAAAAGUUGAGACUCAAUGUCUUAACAAUCAAACUAAUAAUUCAAAUGAAGUAAUUACACGAUUAAUGAAUCAAAUCUGUGAAAUGGCUUCAGUUAUGAAUGAAUCGAUACUAAUGGAUGAUAAAAAUUCGCUCAAAGAACAGGAACUAAUCGCCAAACUAAAGACAGAAAAUAAAGCUCUUCGUGAGUUACUUCAAAUCGCAAGAGCUAACGGUUCCCUCAAUAAGAUAUCAAAUGAGAUGUCUUAGUCAUUCACUUUAUGUCCAUUUAUUGCCUGUAUAUUCAUAUAUAAAACUCAUCGU